ACGCGCUUCGGACCGCCAGGAUGCAGCGCAGGACGGGGAUAUGCUCGCUGUCGCCGUCGCCUUUGGCGUCCUCGCGGCGCUCCUCAGCGGCCUCUUCUUCCUGCCGAGUCGGUACCUCCCGUACUCUGUGGCCGCCUCUAGCAUCCAAGUCCCUCCUGCCAAGCUCGCUGGUGAGGCUAUGUACGUUUACUGCUUGCACCAGCACACGGCCGCCCGCCGCGCGUCGCUCGAGGCCGCGACCACCAUGACGCGCCAUGCUGAGUGGCUCGUCUACAUUGGCAUAGCGGCGUCCGCCGCGUCCAGCUACGUGCCCCUUGCGUAUGUAGGCCUCGGCAGCGGUAGCUUUGUGCUGUGGCACGUUGCGUCGUUCUGGCGCAAUGACGUCCGCCGACGCCAGCACGACGUCGACGCCGACCAUUGGGCCGCAGUGUCGCCUUGCGUGCAGGCGUUUCUCGCUCGGGCCAUGCCCCCUAGCUCGCCUUUGAAGACGCCGCCCGGUUGGUGGUGCUAAUGUUGUAGUACAUGUCUCCUUGCCUUCUAUCCCAGACCUAAACCCCAUCCUGGUUAAACCCUGCAGGGACACAAAACAAGACGUGCGCUUGUCGUCCAUAGUAGUGUCAGCGCCGAGUUGCAAAGGAUCGAGAAAGAGCAAAAACGAGCGCAAAAUCGUUGGAAAAUUGUUGACAAACCCAUAAAUGGCAUCCGC